GGCGGAUCAGCGCAACCGCAAUUGUACUGGCCAAUAUACAAGUCAUGGAAUCUGUUAUUGCACUUUGAACAAUCAUGCUUCUACAAAAGCCACAGCAGAAACACAUUGAAGCCUGAUGUUCUGCCGAGUAUUUCUGUGCCAGGAAGCAAUCAACAGGCAAAGCGUACGCCUAGCCGCAGCAGCUCCCUCAUGCAGGCUCCGCAAGCCAAGACGCCGUAUAGGCAAAUGCAGCCUUUGAAAGUGGACGUAGAACGAAGCUGCUGCCGACGUUACACAAGCACCACCGCCGCACGUCACACGCGCGUGUUUACCGACGCAAUCAUCCUGACGCUUCUUCGUGUUCCGGCCGUCCCCGUUCCAUCGUGCAUGCCAGUUGCGUGCGCAUCAUGGCCCUACUCAAACGAUGACCCGCUGGCGAUUACGACGCAUCUUCGAGCAUCUACUAUCAACGGAACCAUACAAUCGGUAUCGCCCUCGCUGUUCCUGGACCUCGGUCAAGCCAAUCAAGCACCAUCGUCAUCGACAGCCGCCUUCACGGCAGCUAUAAAUCCUCCGCAUCUGUGCGACUCGUUUCGUGGGCUCAGCGGCUGUGCCUCUAGCAUGUCCACUAACCCGCUGCUCUUCGCCAUGCAGGCACGCUUCCUAACGAGUGGAAAAAGAGCAAGGUCGUUCCAGUCUACAAAUCAGGUAACCGUAAUUCACCCUUAAAUUAUCGUCCAAUAUCCAUAACUAGUAUCCCUUGCAAAAUAAUGGAACACGUCAUAUACUCACACGUAAUGAAUUUCCUAGACAGUAAUAACUUUUUUCA